UUUCUAUCAAGAAUAUUUUAAAGCUGAAAAAUAGCAACUCCACUCAUUCUAUUCGCUCACUUAUGUAUGUACACAAAUGAAACAUCGUGCUUUCUGGAAUUUACAGUUUGCAACAUAAAUUGAUUCACAUUUCAAUUAAAAAAGGUAAAACAAGAUGCCGCAAAACGAACACAUUGAGUUGCAUCGCAAACGGUACGGCCAACGGUUCGAUCAUGAAGAAAGGAAGCGGAAGAAGGAGGGCCGUCUGCCCCAUGAAAUGGCGCAGAAGGCCAAAAAGCUGCGUGGCUUGAAGGCUAAAAUGUACAACAAACAACGGUUCGCCGAGAAGGUCCAGAUGAAGAAGACUUUGCGCAUGCACGAGGAGAAGAAGACCAAAAACAAAGAUCCCGACAAGGUUCCAGAAGGGGCCCUUCCCGCCUACUUGCUGGACAGAGAGAACCAACUGAGGGCUAAGGUUCUGUCCAACACAAUCAAACAGAAGCGGAAGGAGAAAGCAGGGAAGUGGAGCGUGCCCUUACCCAAGGUCAGAGGUGUCAGCGAAGCUGAAACUUUCAGAGUCAUCAAGACUGGGAAGAGGAAGAAGAAGGCGUGGAAGAGGAUGGUGACCAAAGUUUGCUUUGUGGGUGAAGGCUUCACGAGGAAACCCCCAAAGUUUGAAAGGUUCAUUCGACCGAUGGGUUUGAGGUUCAAUAAAGCUCACGUGACCCAUCCGGAGUUAAAGGCCACCUUUUAUUUACCAAUUAUUGGCGUGAAGAAGAACCCAAACUCUGCUCUAUUCACUAACCUUGGCGUUAUCACCAAAGGUACCGUGAUUGAAGUGAAUAUUAGUGAACUUGGUCUUGUGACGCAAGGUGGUAAAGUUGUGUGGGGUAAAUAUGCUCAAGUGACGAAUAAUCCAGAAAAUGAUGGAUGCAUCAAUGCUGUACUACUAGUUUAGAAAAUAAAUGCUAUUUUAAAAGAAA